GAAAUUAAAAAUGAGAUCCGGGGGCGAGACAAGUGCAGACGACCUGAAACUUGAGUACCCGGAUCGCUCCCAACCCGCUUCGUUUUCGGGUCGGUUCUGAAUCCCGGUACUGCCUUGCCUCGCCAUCCAGAUUCCAGAGAGAUGGCAGGACUGCUAGCAUGGGCAGCAGACGUAGUGGGAGGAGGUGGAGGGCAAGACAACGAAGAAGACAUCCCACUGAUAUUCACUCAGGAGCAGCAGAAGUACGUCCUGGACUUGAAUCGCAAAGCAUCUUCUCUCAGCCGUUCGAUCCAUGAUCUCCGGCUCAGACUCCCUCCUUCCGACAUCUCCCAGCGCCUCCCUGAUCUUCACGCCCACUCCCUCGCUUCCAACGCCGCCCUUGCUCUCCAAUUGAACGCCCAUUCCACCACCCGCGAACAGGCACAGUUGAGGGAGGUGACAUUGCAGGAAGAGAAUGCUGCAUAUGAAAGGGCAAUAUCGAAUUGUGAAAGUAAAAUACAGGAGAAAAUUCAAGAAGCGGAUUUGCUUAAGAGGAAGCUAAUGGAAUUGGACGAGAAUGAAAGGAAUUUGAGAUAUGAACUUGAAAAUGCACAAACUGCAUUGGAUGCCAGUCGAUCUGGUCAAUCAGAUGAAUCCACUGGUGACCCAAAGACGACUGUUGAAACUGAAAAUGACAUAGAAGCUUCAAAGAAGGCUGUAAUUGAAAAGUUAGAGGAGAGGAAAAAAGAACUGAGUUCAAUGGAAGCAGUAGUGAAAGAUUUAGAGCAAAAAUGGACAGAAAUUCAAGAUAUUGCAUUGAGUCAGCCUUCGCCAGUGCAAAGAGAGAAGAUUUUGGAUAAACAACUGCACAGCCUAAUUGAGCAGCUAGAAGCAAAACAGGCACAAGCAGAAGGCCUGGUCAAUGAAAUUCAUUUGAAAGAGAUGGAGCUAGAAAGAUUGAAUGCGUUGUGGAGAAAUCUUGAAAGUAGCAACAUAGAAAUGAAUACUGCUAGAAAUAGGUUUGGACGGAGUGCAUCAGGAAAAGGACCUGCUUCGUCUGAUUAUAUCCUUGACGCUCAUCAUAGAAAUGCCGAUGGCCGAGCAGAGAAUCAGCAAAAGCUCAUGCUGCUCAGGUCGGGUUUUGUGCUUUACAUUUUAGCUUUGAACAUCUUGGUCUUCAUCAAGAUCUCAUUUUGAAGAGUGUUCCAUGAAGACGCUAUUAAUAUUUCCAAAUUCUCUUUGUAUCUUAAACCCAAUAUCUCUUGUAUUGUAAAAGAGGGGGUGUGAAGAACUUUGUUGUAUGAAAUAUUCUUUGUUUCAAAUAUUGAACGUAUAUAAAUAAAGAAAGUUACUUUGUUUUACUAGUUA